CCGUUCCCAUGCUCGGCGGGGGCUGCCGGGCCGCCCUGGCCGCUGGGGCGCUGCUGCGGGCCGGACUCUGCUGCUCCAGAGGAACACUGGGCAGGUCAAGCGCAGCUGCGUGCAGCCUUCCUGCGCACAGAGCACGAGCAGAGGAAGUCAAAGACAGUCACACAAGCCGACAUGAAGGUGGAAUUACUCCCAGCCCUCACAGACAACUACAUGUACCUCCUCAUCGAUGAGGAAACAAAGGAGGCUGCGAUAGUCGAUCCUGUGCAGCCCCAGAAGGUUUUGGAUGCAGUCAAAAAGCACGGCGUGAAGCUGACCACCGUCCUGACCACACAUCACCACUGGGACCAUGCUGGAGGAAAUGAGAAGCUCGUAAAGAUGGAGACGGGUUUGCGCGUGUAUGGGGGAGACAGUAGAGUUGGAGCACUGACACAGAAAGUGUCUCACCUUACUUCACUCAAGGUGGGAUCUCUUAAUGUGAAAUGCCUCUGUACGCCGUGUCACACUUCUGGACACAUCUGUUAUUAUGUGACUAAGCCAAAUAGCUCCGAGCCACCUGCAGUUUUUACAGGUGACACGCUCUUCGUGGCUGGGUGUGGGAAAUUCUUCGAGGGAACCCCAGAGGAAAUGUACAGAGCGCUGAUUGAGAUUCUGGGCAGCUUGGACCCCAAGACGAGAGUUUACUGUGGUCAUGAAUACACAAUCAACAAUCUCAAGUUUGCUCGACAUGUUGAACCCGACAAUGUCAGCAUCCAGGAAAAGCUCGCUUGGGCCAAGGCAAAGUAUGACAGCGGUGAGCCGACCAUACCCUCCACCAUCGCAGAAGAGUUUACCUACAACCCCUUCAUGCGAGUCAGGGAGAAGACGGUUCAGCAGCACGCUGGGGAGACCGACCCCAUCCGAACAAUGGGGGCCAUCAGGAAAGAGAAGGACAACUUCCGAGUCCCAAAGGACUGAGAGCACUCACCUGGAUCAUUUUAAUGUCAGUUUAAGUGUCAUUUAGAUUAUUCAGAUGUUUUAGAAGUUGAACAUUCUCUUGUGGUUGAGACAGUUGUAUUUAGGGAUUUUAUUUUAUUUUGAUUAAGGAAAAAAAAAGCACUUUGCCCUUGUUGAGAUGUUCUACAGCAUAUUUAUAUUAUGAUGAAAAAUAUUUAUCCUUCUAUUGCUGGCUCAAACUGUCACACGUGUCACAUGCAGAUCAUUUUACAAGUGUUGUACGUGGCUCAGAGUCUGGGGUGGGGAAGGGUCAAACCUUGAGGUCUAGGAAGGAGCUGAUGUUAUUUUUGUAGGAGCCUGACGCGAAUGUAGACUGUGGGACUGGGGCCCAAGAUGUCUUCAUUUAAAACAGAGAUGAAAUGCAGUAAUUACAUUGCCACCUGAAAUUUAGAACUUUUCUUCCAUGCUGCUACUUAAAUGAACGCUUCUGAGUCUGUUCUGGCUCCGCUGAAACCAGUUCCCAGUGCCAGACCUGCUCUGCGCAGCCAGUCCAGGGCUCAGUUUGUGGAAUGCACAGGCUGAUCUGGGAAUGGCACAUGGGGGCUGCACAGCUUUUCUUUUCUCUUCUCUCUGACAUUCCCUGUCAGGGACUGCAGUAGCUUUUCCAGCCAGCUUGCUGCUUAGGGAUUGCACUGUUGCUUUCACCCUUUCUCCUGUUUGCAUGGACCUGCUUACUGCCCUGAAGUGUGACCUGUAUGUUACUUGUGUCAGUACCACACAAAUGAAGAAGGGAUUUGUCUGCUGGCUCAAAAUCCUGAGAAGAAAAUGCUUCCCUAGUAACUAAUGUGUGUCUAGUGGCUGAGAGUGAUGGGACUUCUCCAACAGAUGCCUCGCUGCUUUGUGCCUCACUCUGAGUAAUGUGGCAAACGAGCAUUUAGGAGCUGGGUGCUGUUCCCCAGCCAGAGAGCAGCUGUUCCGGUGAGCCCUGGCAGUGGCUGCACUGGGCCCAGGAGCUUGGAAAACUCCAGCCCGUGCAUUUUGUGCCACUAGGACUGAUUUCCCACCCUGCAGCCUCCGCCUGGUCCAGCCUCUCUGCUAGAAAGGCAGCAGAGGUGAUGUUAUAGAUGGAGAGGAUGUCCAUGUGUUGCCAGAUUAAACAGAGCUUAGAUCUCGGACCACCAGAGAAACCAUGCGGCACGUUGCUUUUUCUUGUUUGAUCCAUGGGGCUUAAAAGCCAUGCCUGUUCCUGGACCCAAGCUCACAGCCAGCUUGGCAAUCACAGGAGGGACCUUCCCUCCGGCUGUUCUUCUGACAGCGUGAAAGUGUGUCAAAGGGGACAAACGGAAUAAGUUUGGGGGUAAAAAACCCCAGAUUUUCAGCGCAUGGGUCACCUCCCUCUUGCUCUUCCCAUCUCCAGCUCAAUGUCUUUAAACAAGGGAGAUGUGAAGGGUGGUGAGACCCAGCCUUGCAUCUGUGUCUUUAAUGCAGCUUCCUCCCAAGUCUAUUUUCUCCCUCGUUUCUUGAUCUCGGCUGCAGAUCUGCCUGAGUGCAAGAGAUAUUUUCAAACUAAUCCUUUGCAGCUGGAACUUACAAAUGAUUCAAAUGGUUUUGGUUCCAUUUUCUACUCCCCUCCCUAGUGCGUGUUGGUAAGUAAUGCCCUGUCUGAGUCCGUCACCACCCGGCUGUCCCCUGUGUGACUGGUCUGCUGUUCCAACCGACACGCUGAAUGACAGCGUAGGAGCGGGAUGUGGUGUAGCACCAUUUAUUUGUUUUAAAAAGGUAAAUUUUAUGUAGUUCUGAAAGAAAAAUGGUACCUAAACCUUUAUUGCCUCUUAAACUUGAACGCUGUGCUGCUACACCAUGAUUGUACUGAUAGCUUGUGUGACAAGUGAGCAAAUAAAGAGCAGCUGGAAACCGA